AUGGGAACAGAAGGCAUUGUCAGGCUUCAGACAUGUGCGAGCCAUGCAAAACUCCAGUAGAACAUAAGAGAAACUUAAGUUGGCAGCUAGCAGUUGUGCGUUCGAAUUUGUCUGAUACGUUGAGUGCACACUGUACAUGGAUAAAUACUAACUUUUGAAGUACUUUUAUAUAGGUAAAUGAAUUAAGAGUUGACAGACUGAGGAACAGACGGAAGGUGGCAAAGGCGGAACGACUGGUAGAUUUAACUCUGUUGUUUUGAACUAUUUACAGAAUGUUCGUGAAAGUGAAAUAUGGAGAUGAAAAGGAGCAGCUAUGCAACACCUACUGCAGGAACGACAUAUUUUUAGAAUUCGUCAAAUCCCAGUGCCAAUGUCAGCCCGAAGAUGUCAUUGACCUUGCUGACGAACGCGGGCUGAUCAAACAUUUACGUCGAUUCCCACAGGACUACGCAAAGGACUUCUUGAAGGACAGAGAGACAUUGAUUUUACUCAGCAUUGUGACAAUCAGUAAGUUUGGCAAAACCUCCAGCGAAGAGAGCAACACAAAGAAUGCAAUCUAUAAACCUUUGCUAUUUAGUUUAGAACACGACAGAGAAUUCUUAGAUCAACUCUCUUCUCAAAGUGAAGACUCCUUGGAAUCUCCGCCACUUAAAUUCAACACGACAGAGCUAGAGGAAAUGAAACAGGCCAGAUCUAGAUCAAGAAAUGUUUAUCUGACAAAAAGAUCUAGUGCUCGACGAGGCGCCAGAAUGGUUUCUCGUACAAAUUAAUGUAUUCAAUUAUACAAAAUGUCUUCUAAUGCCAAUAAAAUA